AUGUUUGGUUCACGUGUAGCAUACAUACCCUCAUCCGAUAUCGUUGCUUCACUUUCAUCAGUACAAAUAACAACAGCUCCUGUUCAUAAUAGCAAAACAGAACUGUUAGUAUCACGUCAACUUGAUCCGGUUACUGCUGCUACUAUGGAACAGAUAUCCUAUUUGGGUUGUGCAAAAAUUGAAAAUCCGAGCAAUGAAGUUGAAAUUCUGAAAAUAAUGCAACUGUUAAAUAAAGAACGUUCGGAGAAGCCUAUUGAUGUAAUAUUAUUUAUUCCUGAUUCUUCCUCUGGCAUUGUUCGAAUGUGUGAUGGUACAACCAAAUCCGAAAUGGUCAGUUUUCCAGUUCAUCGAAUCAAAUUUUGUGCUCGUGGCCAGUUGGAUUCAGCGGAACGUGAAUGUUUUGCGCUUUCUUUUACGCAGAAAAAUGCGACACCCACCGAUGGUGCCUUACAUCAAUGUCAUGUAUUCCGUUGCCAGGUUCCAGAAACAGCCGGAAAAGCACUUCUUAAUUUUGCUAAUGCUUUUCGAAACAGUGGCACAAAAAAAGUGCCUUCACCAAAAUUGUAUCGCACAUCUCAACCGAGUAGUGCUGAUGAAGACACAUCAAGCCUGGAGGGAGCCUUCAGUCCUGGUGGUGAAGAAGAUUUCCAGUUUGAUGCAUUUCUUGAAAUGAGAGAGGAAGAUGCAAAGAAAGGUUUUACAGUUUGUCCACAAGAAAAAAAUUGUUUUAAACUGAGAAGAGAUCGUGAGAAGCGAGUGAUUGUUGUUUUGCAACAAACUCAUGGCCGAAGAGUUUUAACUGUUAGAAAAUGUUUUGGUUUAUUACUUGGUGCUGGUCGAAACUUGCGUCACAAUGAUAUGCACCUUCUUGACAUGCAAUCUAUGGGACAAGGAAAUGAUUCAAAAACAUACAUCAUUGAAGCUCUUUGGGAUCCACAUUUACAAAAUCUGGAAGUUCUCAAUACAGAAACUCCGCGAGAAACGAGAGUUUUCAUGACAAUAGCAGCUGAUGUAAUAUUGGCAGGUAUUGAUGAACCUGUACGUUUCAAUAUGGAAUGUAAAGCAAGAAUUUUUCAUGAACAUGAACGAUUUUGGUACGUGUCCAGAAGACCAAUAGUGGAAAAGUAUUUUCUUACCGCAGGGAUAGUGGAAGAAGGAAUGGAUUCCGUGAAUGAAGCUGAUAUGAAGGUGGUGAAAUUUGAGUCAGUUACGGAACGUGAGCGAUCAUUAAGCCGACUUUCGUUAGGUAGAUCACCAACAAAAAUGCCGACGCAGUUAAUACAUCCAGCAGAUGAAGAUGAAUCUGAUAGUGAUGAGCCGUUAUUGUCCGGUUCAGGUGUUGUUAAUCAGGAAUGUUCCGACGAUGUACUUAGCGCUUGGAAUAAAAUCUUGCUGGAAUGGAAAACAAAUCCCGAAGGAACAGUACCGGAAGGUUUAAGUGAUCUGAUACGUAAUGGAGUACCUGAUGUUUUACGCGGUGAAGUUUGGCAGUAUUUGGCAAAAGUUCAAAUUGACCCUGACCUGACUCAAACAUAUCGCUUAUUACUUGGAAAAGAAUGUCCAUCGGAACAAGUAAUAUUACGGGACAUUCAUCGUACAUUUCCAGCACAUGAAUAUUUUAAAGAAGCAGGUGGAGAAGGUCAGGAAUCGUUAUACCGAAUCAGUAAAGCAUAUUCUUUAUACGACGAAGAAGUCAGUUACUGCCAAGGAUUGUCUUUCUUAGCUGCUGCAUUAUUGCUGCAUAUGCCCGAAGAGCAAGCUUUUUGUACGCUUGUAAAAAUAAUGUUCGAUUAUGGUUUACGUGAUCUAUUCAAACUUGGUUUGAAUGUUUUACACUUACGAUUUUAUCAACUUCAAAGGUUAACUGAGGAUUAUGUGCCAGAUCUCUUUGCUCAUUUCUAUAAUCUCGGUGUUGAAACACAUAUGUAUGCCUCACAAUGGUUUCUCACUUUAUUCACUGCCAAAUUUCCACUACAAAUGGUCUAUUUUAUUGUAGAUCUUUUUCUCAGCGAGGGGAUGAACACGAUAUUUCACAUAUCAUUAGCUCUAUUGAAAGCAUCCAAAAAAGAGCUAUUACAAUUGGAUUUCGAGGGAGCGCUUAAAUAUUUUCGUGUUGUUUUACCAAGACUUUAUCGUACUGAAGCAAAUGCUAAAGAGCUAAUUCAUAAAGCAGUCAAAUUAAAAAUAAGCCAUAAGCGACUAUCAAAAUACGAGAAGGAAUUUUAUUCGUUGAAAGAGCGUGAAUUAGAAUCUCAAGAUCCAUUGGAACGUAUGGAGCGGGAAAAUCUUCAACUGAAGGAAACAGUAAUGCGACUGGAAAGGGAAAAUGAUGAUUUGGCACAUGAACUCGUAACUAGUAAGAUUGAGCUGAGAAAGAAUUUAGAUACCGCAGAAGAUAGUGUUGAAAGUUUACAAGGACAGCUUGAGAGGUGUAUGCGAACAGCAAAAGAUCUUGAGGAUGAAAAUAGUGGAUUGCGAACUGAAUACGAUCAGGUGAAGGAGAUGUGUAGGAGAGAAGUGUUGCGACUCGAAUCGGAAGGAUCACGAUCACAGGGUAUUAUUACUAACUACAAAGAAAUUUGUUCCGAUUUAAGUUAUCGAUUGGAGAAGCAGCAAGAUAGUUUCAAAGCUCAAAAAUCACGAAUUGCUGGAGUGGUCUCGAACUGUGAACAAUGUUCAACUGCACUUGCUGAAUUUACCGAACAGGUAAAUGGGAAUCCAUCAAAGAAGUUAUCAUCAAUGGAGGAUGGUUGUGGCUUUAAGAUGAUUGAGUUGAUGGAUAAACUGGAGGAAAGUGAGCAACGUAUUCGCCAGCUAGAACUUAGUCUUGCUCAAACUAAGCUUGAAUUAGUUGAAGCACAAUGUAGAAAUCAGGAUUUGAGUCAUCAAAUGAAUGCAUCAAUUACUGGUGAUAACGAUAGUAGUAGACAUGCAGCAUGGUUGAAAAAAACAAUAUCAUCAAUUCGAGAUGUUGGUACGUCAUUGAAACAGCCUACCCAUGAGUGUAGUAACAGUUCCGUUUCUGUGGAUAAAUAUUAG